CUGUGAACGACUAAUUAGCAAGUUUGAUUACUAUGCGAAUAUCAACUUCAAUUUCGAUUUGGAGCAAACAUAUACUCUGGCCGGCGACCUAGGUUAAUAUAACGUGAAUGUUGCUCAUCACGAUCACCUUGACCAGAACUACAACCAUCAGCCAAGUCGGAGUUUCGUUACCUGUCACCAGUUCGGAUGUUUCAGAUGCGACUAUUCCAGCAUUGAUUAGCACGUCCACUGUAUCCACAGGGGCUUCGCAUACCGUUUCGAAGAGCGGUUCGAUGAUGAGCUUGUCGUCUAAUGUGCUUUCGACCAUUGCUCCUAACCUCAUGACUACGAGACAGCCAGAAUUAGACUCGAGCGCGGUGGAAUCGAGUAGCUUAACGAGCAUAACAUCACCAACCGCAUCUCCAUCUAGUACCAAUGACGUGGAUAACGUUCAAGAGCCUUCAACUGUGCCGGCGCCGGAGAAAGGACUUAGCCGGGGGCAGAUCACAGCCAUUAUCGCAUCAGUGGUUUCGGUGACAGUGCUCCUGAUCGCAAUAUCUAUAGCAGUACGCUGUUUCGUGGUACGAAGACGGCUAUACAACAUAGAAGAGCUGCCGAGGAGAAAGUUAGGGAUACCAGCGGACGGCGUGGAAUCUCAGAAGGGACAGGAAUACAAAAGUGAGACCAGAACUUCGGUCGCCGAAUCGAAUCGCAGCUCAAUAUGGGGAGAUAUAGGCCUUUCCGUCGUCCCUACUUCGUUGAACGAUGAUGUCUGGGAUAGUCGACAUUGGCCCCUUCCUCCGGGACACUCGGAAAGGUACACUUUCUUUAGCGAAAGAAGCUCGACAUCGAUAGAUGAAACACUGGAGAUUGAGCAAUGGGGAAGAGGCGGUAAAAAUGAGACUCGGAAUACAAGAGAUCGUAACCAAGUGGCGACCGAGAGAGAGUCGGGAACGAGAAGUAGAUGCGAUAGUAUUUGGGGAAUUUCUGAAGCGGGUAUAGCACGCUGAUCAAAAUAUUUUUCAUGCUUUAUGACUUACGAAUUAUGACUUAUCUGAGAGUGAGUCCUUGAAUGGUUUUAUGAAGGCCAGGUUGGUAUGAACUGGUCUAGCCGCCAAUUCUCUUUAGUUGAGUGAACCCUUCGAGUUGGGAGGCUGGAAUCUCAACCUGGAUUCCACCAUCUUC